AUGGCAUCGGGUUCGGACGUCUCAGAGUUGGCCAUGAUGUCCAUGCCGUUGUGGGCAGGGGUGCCGCUGAACAUCUACAAUCUGCUGCUGACGCUGCUGCAGCUGUGGCGCAGUCGGAAGGCUCCGGUGGUCAACGCUGUGGUCUGCUCCAUCUCGCUCAGCAAUGUGCUGCUGAGCCUCUCCUGCUUCCUGCUCAUGCUGCUGGUGUCCACCAGUGCCAUGGCCACCAGAGACGGCCAGAUGAACCCCAUCUUCAGCGCUGUGCUCUUUCUCUGGCUGGCCAGCUGCUGCGUGAGCUUCUGGUCCAUCGCCUGGCUGAACGUGUUUUACUGUGUGAAGGUGGUCAGCUUCUCCAUGGAGUGUUUCGGGGCACUGAAGAGGAACAUCUCCUCUCUCGUCGGCGCCGCCCUCCUGCUCACCUUCGUUGUCUCUUGCCUCUUGCUCAGCCCCUUUCUGACUCUGCGCCUCGUCAUCUACCGGCUGAAUGGAACCCAUGCCACCAAUGCCAGCGGUCCGCAGAAUGCCAGUUACUCUGCUGUUAUAGACUUUGCCCCCUGGAUCAACACGACUCUCUACACCGCCACCUUCAUCUGCCUGCUCUGCCCGCUGCCCCUCAUGGUGAUGCUGCCCACGUCGCUGCGCCUGGUGGUGCACCUGUGCCAGCACACGCUCGCCCUCCGCAAGAAUCAGACCCAGUGCCAGAGCUCAGCCUCCUACCUGCAGGUUUGCAAGCUCACCGUGUCUCUGGUGGGCGUCUACAUCACCACGCUCCUCAUCGUGUCCUUCUUCUUCAUCUCCCACCUCCAGGGGGACAAGAUCUCCUAUCACAUCGUCAUGGUGGGGUGCACCUUCUACUGCAUGAGCACCGCAGGGCUGCUGACCGCUUCCAACAGGCAUCUGAAGGACAGACUACGCUGUGGGCCCUGUUGGAAGGACCCUUCAGAACCAGCCAGCAAAGGCCAGAGCAGGGAAACCGUUUUAACAUGA